AUGGCCCCAAUUAUCGAACAGCUGCCUAACGAGCCGUUAUUUGAUCACCUACUGCACUCCUUCACGGCACAUCCUCGCCAUGUUCUGGUCCAUGAUCCCAAGAACGGCGUGGAAGCUGACUGCAGCCAGCUCCUGACUGAUAUACUUUAUAUGCGCCACCAAAUCUUCCAAGCAUUGCCCGCAUCAUCGUUUGACGCCCGGCGCAGAAUUGACCCGGAAAACCCAUACGUAAUCGUUCUCGCUCCGGGCAAUUAUGACUACAUCGUAGCCGCCUUAUCGACACUGGCAUGUGGAGGGGCGUUUGCCCCGAUUUCCAGUACGUUGGCCCCGGAAGAGGCCUGCCACCUUCUGGAAACGACCAAUGCAUCAUGCAUGCUCGUUUCACCCCAAUUCGAGGCCCAGGGCUCCCAAAUCGCGCGCUACUGCGCCGCGCGCAACAAGUCCGUCGCCAUCAUCCCGAUUGCAGUCAACAACGCCCCUGCGGCCCCAAGGCCUCUGGUCCGGAUUGAUCCAGCAAUGACGCUGGACCCGACCAGCCCUGGCGUCCUCAUAUUCACGUCCGGAACCACCGGCCCCCCAAAGGGCGUGGUGCGCCCCAGGCGCGUUUGGUAUAACAGCCCGCCGUGUUUUCCGAGCAACCAUGUCGUGCUGGCUUUCCGGUCGCCACAUUGGGUCGGUGUGGCCAUGCGUCUGAUAUGGCAGGUCUUGGCUGGGACGCGCGCCGAGGUCAUCGAAAAUGAUCCCCGUGUGAUAUGGGAGUCGUUCUGCACCGCCCGCGUGUCCCGUUUCAGCGCACCCCCGCGAACAUAUGCCCAGUUGAUGAAGUACUUUCAGGAGCAUAUAGAUUGCUUACCGGUCGAGCAGCGUAGUCGCUAUGUGAAAGGCGUUCGGGCGCUACAGCGGGUCACUGUUUCUGGGGGAGUCACCUGGCCCACAGUCAUGGGAUUUUGGAGAGAGCUGCUGGGACGCCCAUUGAGAAACAUAUACAGCUCUACUGAGGUGACUGCAGCCAUUGAAACGACGGAAGAUUCUGACCCGAACUUAGAGCGGUGCAUCGGAAAACCUUGCCGUGGCGUCCAAGUCAAACUGUCUGACGGCGACCAUGGAGAAAUCCUGCUCAAAAGCGCUACCAUGUUUACACAUUAUCUUGGCAAUGAAGCAGCAACUCGAGCUGUCCUCGACGAGGAAGGAUACUACAAAUCCGGUGAUUUUGGACAUCUAGUCGGAGAUCAGUAUGUGAUUGACGGCCGAUCUUCCACUGACUUCAUCCCAUAUCGCGGGCUUCGGGUACCCGUCCAUGAAGUCGAGGCCCGUCUCAUCGAGCUCCCAUACAUUUCAGAAGCCUACGUCGUCCCAGCCAGCUUCCAUUACAUGCGCCAAGUUGCUGCCGUGAUCCGCCCACAGACUUCAAAGGCCGCCGUUAGUCUAUCCCAGAUUCGAGUCGAUCUGCAAGACAAGCUGCAGCGAUACAAACUGCCGACGCUCUUGCGCACCUUGCACGACAAUGAGCAAGUCCCGGAAACCACGACAGGCAAGCCCUUGCGAAGGAAGAUGGAGGAGAAAUAUUUCUCGCUACCAGAAGAACCGCCAUUGCCUGCGGGAGUCGAGUUUUGUGAUACGGACGUUGGGACAGAAGAAACUCCCCGAAGGGCGUGGGAUUGGGGGGGCAUGAUGUGA